GUGUACGCCACAAAAGUGAAAUGAAUUGACUCACUAGUGUUUUCAAAGUCGUUGUGUUACUCUCAGUGCGGACAUUAUUUUAGUAACUUCACAGUAAUGAGACAGACGUCUCCAGUGGGCAAUUAUGGCAGCAUUAUUAAUUGUGUUGAACAUUAUAUUGCUUGCAAAUAAUGUGCACGGGUCUGUAAAGAAAGGUGUUUCCUUGUAUCCUGGCCUGCAUCUGUGUGAUGGCUUCAAAGUUCUCAACAACAUGUCAUGGUGGUAUGACUGGCGUAUGGACUUGUCGUUUUGGCAUCAAAAAGUGUCAAAAGUGUGCCCACCUUCCACAGACCAGUCAAUGCCACCACAUAUAUCCAUGGUAAAGAAAUACAACAACCAUACAACUAUUCAUAUACCAUGGAAUACUCAGUAUAUUUUGGGUUUCAACGAGCCGAACCACAAGGACCAAGCUGAUAUGACGCCACAACAAGCAGCCGAUGCAUGGCCGGAAAUAGAAAAGCACUCUCACGGGAAACCCCUCGUCAGUCCAGCUACCGCGGGUAUGGCUUGCACUGGUACGAUGAAUUUUUCAGGUUAUGCCACGGUUGUCGAAUAGACUACAUCGCCGCGCAUCUAUAUAGCUGCGACGCCCAUCAGAUCAUGUCAUACAUGCAGAAGCUGCAUCAUAGGUACAACAAGAAAAUAUGGCUGACAGAGUUUGCAUGCCCCUAUUCAAAUGACGAAAAUCAACAGUUGCAUCUCAUGCAGACUUUACUGCCGCAACUUGAGGCUGCUCCAUAUGUGUAUAGGUAUGCUUGGUUUGAGGCUAGAAUAACAAACAAUUUUUACGGUGAUUUUGUAACUACGGCAGCCAGUCUGUUACACAAAAAUUCCUCAACUUUGACGACAAUCGGCCACUUCUACAACAAUUUCCAAGCUAAUGGGCAGGGUUCACAUAUUGUUGGAUGAUGUGUGUAUUAAAACAGCAAAAUAAGAAAGGCAUGGAGCUUG